CUUUAACUCUCUUCUCUCUGUUUCUCUAUAGAGAGAAGAGAGAUAGAGAGAGAGGUUUUGGUUUUUUGGCUUUUUCCGAUUUGAAAAAUUUGUUCAUCUUCAUUGCAUUUAAAUUCCUGCAGCAAUGCAUUGAUAAUCGAGCUCAUGUUUCCGAAAUUCCUAUGGAAGUUCAUCCACUUCAGAGCUUUCCGUCUUCAGAAACUGGGAGAGGAUUAAGGCUGCGGAAGGCAGAUGAGGUGGCGACGGACGUGGUGAUGAUGGAAGUGAAAAAGGAGGUUAAUCAGUCGGAAAACGACGAGGUAUCGACUCCGGUGUUGCCGUCGAUUAAUCUCGGUCUUCAGAUUGGUACGAAUUCGGCGGGAAGUCGAAACGAGAGAAACUCGAUUGUUGUUCGGUCGGGGGAGUCGAUUCUUACGGCUGGCCAAUUGCAGGAGCUCGAGCAGCAAGUUAUUAUUCACAAGUAUCUGGCUGCUGGUCUCCGUGUUCCUACGCACCUUCUCGUUCCAAUUUGGAAGAGUGCUGCCAGGACCUUGGGCUCUAAUGUCAAUGGUAUCUACGAGCGCUACCGUAGCUUUAUAGGAUUCAGUCCUGUGGGAUUUGAUUACAGAAGUAUGAUGGAUCCUGAGCCAGGGAGAUGUAGGAGGACUGAUGGGAAGAAAUGGAGAUGUAGCCGGAAUACUAUUCCACAUCAGAAAUACUGUGAGCGGCACAUGCAUAGAGGCCGGCAGCGUUCAAGAAAGCCUGUGGAAGCUUCAGAAAAUGAAUCUCCAUCGAAGAGACUUCUACUCACUAUUCCAGACAGAGAUGCUAGAUGUUCUCUUGAUGUUCCUACCUCCACCAUUUGUGGGAAUAUCAAAACCAAGAAUCACCCAAGUUGUAAUGUUACCACUGCCAUUCCCUUUCUUCCCGUGGAAGCUGUAGUCCCUGGUCCCAAAACCGUUUCUGAUACUCGUACUAAAUCAGUUACUGAAACCAUUACUGGCAGCAUGCAUGGUACAACGGCCAUUGUUACAAGCUGUGCUGAUGCAACUAAAACCAUCAGAAUGGUCCCUGCCAGUGCCCCCAACACCACUGCUACAUGUAUUACAACAGUUCCCAGUGUAAAUCCAAAUGCUACUAACAGCAUUUCCACUGGCUAUAUAGCCAACUCGAAAGAUGUUUGCAAUAUGAAUUUUCGUGACAAUUGCAGCAAGAGCCGUAACAACAUUGGAAGAAACGACCCCAAUAUCCAGAAGAUUGCAUCUCCCAGUCUUGGGUUCUCUCCUAACAGUGUUCUUCAAGUUCCUGGUUGCAGCAGCUCAUUAUGCGACAGUAAGAUCAACCUUGAACUUGAACCAGGACGGUGUCGACGAACGGAUGGUAAGAAAUGGCGAUGCCGGAGAGAUGUUAUUCCAGAUCAGAAGUAUUGUGCUCUACACAUGCACAGAGGUUCAAAGAAGCAUUUGAAGCCAUUCCAAAACACGCCCGUUCUUGCUCCUUCUGUUGCUUCCUAUGGCACUAUGCUACCUUCGGUAACGACUCCGCUCACUAAACUCAAACCUGCAACCCCGAACACAAAUCUUUCAAUGUCUAUCCAGGCCGACAACAAACAGAGACCCACCAAAGCAAGGAGCAACGACAGCAGUAGCAGCGAGACCACCGUUACCGACACCACAAUCACAGGUUAAGAAAAUAUCGAAAAGGUAUGAAUCAGAAUCCUUUGGCUAUGGAAAGCUUCUAUUUCUGCCGUUUUUUUUUUUUUUUUUUCUUUUUCCAUUUCGGAUUUGUACAAUUUCAACAUAUAAACAAGACUCACUUUGGAUAAAUCUUGUUUUAAGAGGAAAAAGAAGAGCGAUGGUUGAGUAAUCAAA